GUAGUUUCGGACGCGACUCCUGCGAGUCUGUGACCUGUAUCGACUGCGCGCACUUACUGUUUUCAGUUUCUUUCUCACUAUACAAUUCUCUCUCUCUCUCUCUCCACACUUCCUCUCUCCUCAGUGCGCUCUCUCUCUCUCUCUCUCUACAAAGGAGAUUGGAAAUGCGGUUUGCCUUUCACGGUGGGCAUCGCUUCCAAGGCAAGCAAUAAAGGCUUAGAAAAACCCUAAAAAAGGCACAACGUUUCUCUCUCUGACCGAUGAUGAUGUUCUUCUUCGCCUUCUGCUACACUGUGUCUGACCUCUUGACUUCAAUUCCAUGACGAUCUACCUAUAAAUUUCAAUUCCUAUGACAAUGGACUUCCAAAUUUCGCCCUCCAUAGCACUUGUCGACACUUUCAAGUUCGAUUUUUGCCGUGUGGUUUGGUUUUCAGUUUGUUGAGGGUGCGAAUUGAAUUUGACUGUAUAUUUCAGCUUGAUUUUGCUCUCAAUUUGGCGAAGUGACGGUGGACAGGAGCUGUAAUGGCGUCGAAGCAUGGAUCAAGAUCGAAGAAAUCGAAUUUGAGCAGCUCGAAAGCUGCACAUUCACUUUCGUCGACGACGACUUCGUCUUCCAAACAGUUUCUGGAAACGUCUGUUGACGGCCAGAGCUCGCCUGCGUCUUCGUCGGCUCGAAGCAAGGCGCAGUACUUUUACUCGGAGAGUUUGAAUUUGGACUCUGAGAGAUCCAAAGAGAAUGUAACCGUCACCGUCCGUUUCCGACCUCUCAGUCCGAGGGAGAUUCGUCAAGGGGAGGAAAUUGCGUGGUAUGCGGACGGAGAAACAAUUUUGCGAAACGAGCACAACCCGUCAAUAGCGUAUGCAUAUGAUCGGGUUUUUGGCCCUACAACCACCACACGUCAUGUCUAUGAUGUUGCUGCUCAACAUGUUGUCAAUGGUGCGAUGGAAGGCAUCAAUGGCACUAUUUUUGCAUAUGGCGUGACGAGCAGUGGGAAGACUCACACGAUGCAUGGCAAUCAGAGAUCCCCUGGAAUCAUACCACUGGCUGUGAAGGAUGCUUUCAGUAUCAUCCAAGAGACUCCAACCCGAGAAUUUCUUCUCCGUGUUUCAUAUUUGGAAAUUUAUAACGAGGUUGUUAAUGACUUGUUGAAUCCAGCAGGACAGAAUUUAAGAAUCAGAGAGGAUGCUCAGGGCACUUUUGUUGAAGGAAUAAAGGAAGAAGUUGUAUUAUCACCUGCUCAUGCUCUUUCCCUUAUAGCCGCUGGAGAAGAGCACAGACAUGUUGGAUCCACAAAUUUCAACCUACUUAGCAGCAGAAGCCAUACAAUAUUUACCCUGACAAUAGAAAGUAGUCCAUGUGGUGAAAGCAAUGAUGGGGAAGCUGUUAAUUUGUCACAGCUGAACCUCAUCGAUCUGGCAGGUUCUGAGAGCUCCAAGGCUGAAACUACUGGUCUGCGACGAAAAGAAGGAUCUUAUAUUAAUAAAAGCCUGCUAACCCUUGGAACUGUUAUAUCAAAGUUGACAGAUGGAAGAGCUUCUCAUGUACCAUACAGGGACUCUAAAUUGACCAGGCUCCUGCAGUCUUCAUUAAGUGGUCAUGGACGUGUUUCUCUCAUCUGCACUGUUACUCCUUCAUCAAGCAAUUCAGAAGAGACACACAACACAUUGAAGUUUGCCCACCGUGCAAAGCACAUUGAAAUCCAAGCAGCACAAAACAAGAUAAUUGAUGAGAAAUCACUUAUCAAGAAAUACCAAAACGAGAUUCGCAGUUUAAAGGAGGAGUUGGAUCAAUUAAAAAGGGGUAUUGUUACAGUUCCUCAAAUGAAAGAGACUGGAGAAAAAGACAAUAUUGUGCUCCUAAGACAAAAGCUAGAAGAUGGUCAAGUCAAGCUGCAAUCGAGAUUGGAACAAGAAGAAGAGGCCAAAGCUGCUUUAUUGAGCAGGAUACAGAGGCUGACCAAAUUAAUUUUGGUGUCCACAAAAACUUCUCAAUCAUCAAGAUUACCCCAGCGCCCUGGUCCAAGGAGAAGACAUUCCUUUGGAGAAGAAGAGCUUGCAUACCUCCCAUUCAAAAGGCGGGACCUGAUCUUGGAUGAUGAAAACGUUGACUUGUAUGUUUCUCUUGAAGGGAAUGCGGAGCCUGCAGAUGACACAUUUAAGGAGGAGAAAAAAGCCCGGAAGCAUGGACUGCUGAACUGGUUAAAGCUACGGAAACGAGAUAGUGGUGUGGGUGCUUUGCCAAGCAUUGGUGACAAGUCAAGUGCAAUAAAAUCUGCUAGUACACCUUCAACACCUCAAGCAGAAAGCAUAUAUUUUCAUACAGAAUCCAGAUUUUCCAAUUCCUUGCUUGCAGAAAGCUCACCAUCUGCAGAUCGUUUAUCUGAAUCUCAACAGGAAAGAGAGGUUCCUGAUGAUAAUAUCUUGGGACAAGAGACUCCUAUGACUAGCAUAAAAACAAUUGAUCAGAUUGAUCUUUUGAGGGAGCAGAAAAAGAUUUUGUCCGGAGAGGUGGCACUCCAUACAAGUGCUUUAAAGCGGCUAUCUGAAGAGGCUACAAAGAACCCCAAGAAGGAACAAAUCCAUGUGGAGAUGAGAAAGUUGAGUGAUGAAAUUAAGGGUAAGAACGAACAAAUUGCUUUACUUGAAAAGCAAAUUGCUGAUUCCAUCAUUACUUCCCACAACAAAAUGGAUAAGUUGGAAAUAUCACAAUCUAUUGCUGAAUUGGUGGGGCAAUUGAAUGAGAAGUCUUUUGAACUUGAGGUUAAAGUUGCUGAUAAUCGAAUAAUCCAAGAGCAGCUCAAUCAAAAGAUAUGUGAAUGUGAAGAAUUGCAGGAAUCAGUUGCAUCCUUGAAGCAGCAGCUAUCUGAUGCACUAGAGUCGAGAAAUUUUGGCCCAAGGGAAGGAGAACUUAGCUUUUACAAAGAAAAUACGGUGUUGAGCAAUUCAAAUGAAGGGUUUCUUGUGCAAGCACAGGCAACCGAGAUUGAAGAACUGAAGCAGAAAGUGGCUGAGCUGACAGAGUCAAAGGAACAGCUAGAGUCCCGGAAUCAUAAACUGGCUGAGGAGAGUUCAUAUGCCAAAGGGUUAGCCUCUGCUGCUGCGGUUGAGCUGAAGGCAUUAUCGGAGGAAGUUGCAAAACUGAUGAAUCACAAUGAGAGAUUAUCUGCCGAGGUGGUGGCACUAAAGAACUCCCCCACCCAACGCAGAAGCAGCAGUUCAGGAAGGAAUGGUCGGAGAGAUGGUUUCAUAAAACGGCACGAGCAAGGUCCGCCCCCCUCAGAUAUAAAGAGAGAGCUAGCCUUGAGUCGUGAGAGAGAACUUUCAUAUGAAGCUGCUCUAUUGGAAAAUAAUCAAAGGGAGGCUGAGCUUCAUCGGAAGGUAGAGGAAUCCAAACAGAGAGAAGCUUAUCUUGAAAAUGAACUUGCCAACAUGUGGGUUCUUGUCGCGAAACUGAAAAAAUCUCAUGGAGCUGAGACUGAUGAUGCUUCAACAAGAGACACCCCGAGAGCUGAUAAUUUUGACAUUUGGAACAGUGAUCCAGUGGGAUUUCAGUAAGUAAAUAGAAGAUGCGAAUUGUAAGUGGGAGCUGUUGGUGUACUUCAAAUGAGGCCUAUUGUGCAUUUAAAGUUUGGCCUUUUUUUCCCCUUUUCUUUUUGAAUUGGUUCCUGAUCACUGUACACCCAUUCUGUGUUUUGUUUUUAUUAUUAUCAUUAUUAUUAGAAGCAUUUAUUCCAGAGGCAAA